AAUGUUUUCGGUUAUCGCGGGCCCACCGUAGAACGUUGUUGUUUUGAGCUCAGCUGCGAACGAUCGCACGCAGUCGUGUUCGAAGACAACUUCUUGAGACAUGAGCUGAUGGGCUCGGCUCACUAGGCUGGGCGUGAUUUUGCUCACCGAUUGUCACAUGUAAAUACGCUGCCAGUGUGGUCGGUGGAUGUCGCGCUCGCUCGCUGGUUAUUGGUGACUGAUUUGCGUUGAGUAUCUGAGCAUCGGGGUUUAAUUAUAAUCGGUAUUUGGCGUGGUGAUGAGAAGUGAUCGUUGUCGCUGCAUAUAAUUGGAGUUUGGAGAUGAUAUCUGGGAAAAAGUGCUUUUGGUGAAGUGAUCAAAGGAAGAUAGUUGAAGCAAUUUAUGUGAAUUGUGAAUGAGGAUCACUGAAUUCAACUUUAACAGCAGUCAACAAAUACGAUUGGAUACCGCAGAAAACUCAAUUCUUCAACAAGGAAACUUGGAAUAACGAGCCAUACCACAAGUGUGUAUAUUUUUCAGCCAAAGGAAGCGGCACGAUUGAGACCCCAGCAACAUGGUAGGACAAAGAAUAGCAAACUCUUUACUAAAGAGAUCGGCAUUUUCAUCUGCGAUCAAUGUGCUACCAAACGAAGCUGCCGCCGCCACUAUCGAUCCGCCACCGGUGGCGGAUUUUCGUGGUCAUGCCAAACCGUACUCAGAGGUGCCGGGCCCAAAGGAGCUACCACUGAUUGGAAACAGCUGGCGCUUUGCACCAUUGAUUGGCCAGUACCGCAUCGAAGACCUGGACCAAGUGAUGUGUGAUCUGCACCGACACUUUGGCAAAAUCGCCAAGGUCGGCGGCUUAAUCGGGCAUCCAGAUCUGCUCUUUGUGUUCGAUGCCGAUUUGAUUCGAGACACCUUCAAAAAAGAGGAAAUCCAGCCACACCGGCCUGCUAUGCCGUCGCUGCGAAACUACAAGUCCAAGCUGCGGAAAAACUUUUUCGGCGACAACAUGGGACUGAUCGGCGUUCAUGGUGAAAAGUGGGAUGCCUUCCGCGCUCAGGUACAACAAGUGAUGCUGCAGCCGACGACGGCUAAAAAGUAUAUCGCACCCCUCGAUGAAAUCUCCACCGACUUUAUGGCCAGAAUACACGAAAUGCGGGACGAGAACAAUGAACUGCCGGGCGAUUUUCUCCAUGAACUCUACAAGUGGGCGCUUGAGUCCAUAGGACGUGUUGCGCUGGAUACCCGACUUGGCUGUGUUUCGAAAACCGGCAACGAGGAAUCGAAGCGAAUCAUCGACUCAAUCAACACCUUUUUCUGGACCGUUGCCGAGGUUGAGCUGCGGAUGCCCAUCUGGAGGAUAUAUCAGACGAGUGCCUACAAAAAGUACAUCGCAGCGCUGGACACUUUCCGGGAUCUAUGCAUGCGGCACAUCAACAUCGCCAUGGAGCGGAUGAACAACAGCUCCGAAGUUAAAAGCGAGGAACACAUAUCCAUAGUCGAACGAAUCCUGCAAAAGACUAACAACCCUAAAAUUGCCGCCGUGCUAGCGUUGGAUCUGAUAAUGGUCGGUGUCGACACGACAUCUGUUGCGGCCACCUCGACAAUCUAUCAGCUGAGUCAGAACCCGGACAAGCAGGAAAUUUUAUUUAACGAAAUCAAACGCAGUCUACCGACGCCGGAUACCAAAUUCACCACUUCCAUGCUGGAAUCAAUGCCAUAUCUGCGAGCCUGCAUCAAAGAAACGUUAAGAAUGUAUCCGGUCGUAAUCGGUAACGGAAGGAGCCUGCAGUCGGAUGCCAUCAUCGGGGGAUACCACAUUCCCAAGGGGACCCACGUCAUUUUCCCCCAUCUGGUGGUUUCCAAUUUGGAAAAGUACUUCCCAGAACCGGAUCGAUUCCUGCCCGAACGAUGGCUCAAGCGAGGCGAGUUAAAAGAUCACUCCGGAUGUCCCCACGCCGGCCAGAAAAUUCACCCCUACGUUAGUUUACCCUUCGGUUACGGUCGACGCACCUGCAUUGGACGACGAUUCGCCGAGUGCGAGUUACAGAUUCUUUUGUCCAAGCUGUUCCGGCGGUACCACGUGGAAUACAACUACGAGAAGCUAACCUACAAAGUAAACCCCACCUACAUACCCGAUAAGCCGCUGAAGUUUAAACUGACCGAACGCAGCCACUGACUGUACGCUGUGCGUGGAAUACGGCAUCCGGGAGGUUAGCUGAAGUGUUUAAAUAGCUAUGAUAUCACGUAAGGGUUCGUAUCGGCACGACCGUGAACGACAGCACACACGACACGGGUUCGAGGACGGAGAAUGUAAUAAAGUAUUUAUGUACAUAAAUGUAUGAAAUAAAUUGAGAUAAGACUAACAUGUA